CAACCGCUGUUACUCGGCUGUCAAUUGUAAACAAAACUCCAGUAAAUUCCAAUGUUUUGUCAUAAUUCAACCAGAAAACUGAUAUUGAUUGUCUGUAAUUGUAGGAUUAGUUAUAUUAUUAAUCAAUAAGACACGUUUGUUACCGGAAAUGGAUGCGAGGACACAAAAAUUAGAGCAGCAGCGACAAAUAAUGGAAAUGAAGAUGAAACAGAAAAGACAAACUGCCGGAAUGAUUCAGGCUUCAGAUGGAAGUGCUUCAGCAAAAAAUAGGCAGGGGAAUCGAAAAGAAAUGCAUGCUUAUGAUGGUCCUUUACAAUAUACAAUGAAAGACAAUAACCCGGAUCAAGUUAUAUCAGUUUUACCUAGCCUUGAUUUAGAUGAAUCCCCAAUUGAAAAUCUUGAAGAUAAUGAAAUAAUGGACAUUGAAGAUGAAGAAUCAACACCUGUAACUACACCAAGUAACGGAAACAUGCCUGUUAUUCCCAUUGAUGAGAAUCCAACGUUCAUACGACAAAAUAGUGUAGUCCAAGAAUUGGAAGGUGAUAUUGAAGGAAAUGUUGAAAAAUUUAUUUUACAACCAGCAACACAAAAAGUUUUGUAUAAAUGUCGUAUAACACGAGAUAGAAAAGGAAUGGAUAGAGGGCUGUAUCCAACAUAUUUUUUGCAUUUAGAGCGGGAUUAUGGAAAGAAAAUUUUUUUACUUGCCGGUAGAAAACGGAAAAAGAGUGCUACCAGUAAUUAUUUAAUUUCUACGGAUCCUACAGAUUUAUCAAGAACGGCAGAAUCAUUUGUUGGUAAGAUUACUGAUUUUUGUUUUGAGUUUACGAUAGUUUUGAAGUUAACAUAA